AUGCCAGAUUCCACAACUUUGUUUUCUAAGUUUUAUGUGUGUUUCAAAGCUGUAAGGGAUGGUUGGUUAGAAGGGUGCAGGCCUGUAAUUGGGCUUGAUGGUUGCUUUUUAAAGGGUAUAGUUAGAGGAGAAGUUAUUUCAGCUGUUGGGAGAGAUGCAAACAACCACAUCUACCCUUUAGCAUGGGCUGUGGUAUGUGUUGAGAAUAAAGAAACAUGGAAGUGGUUCAUAGAUUUGCUUAUGGAAGACAUUAAUGGUGGUCUUGGUGCAGGCAUUACCCUUCUUUCUGAUGGACACAAGGGGUUAUUACAAGCAGUUAAGGAAAGAUGUCCAGAAGCUGAACAUAGACAAUGUGCUAGACACAUUCUGGCCAAUUUUAAUAAAAGGUUUACUGGUCAACAAUACAUAAAGUUAUUUUGGAGGGCUGUAAGGGCUAGUACUGUGGAGAAGUUCAGAGUGGAGAAUGGGAUCAGUGAGAGUUUCAAUUCUGCUAUUAGGCAUGCUAGAAGGAGACCUAUAAUCACUAUGCUGGAGGAGAUUAGGUUAUUUGUGAUGGAAAGGAUAUACACUCAAAGAGUUGAAGGAAUGGAAUGGGAUUUGCUUAUAUGUCCAGCUAUUAGGAAGCGUAUAGAAGAGCUGAAGGUUAAACAGAGAUUGUGGGGAGUUACUCCUUGUGGUUAUCAAAAGUAUGAGGUUAGAUUCACUGAUGUUGCAUAUGGAGUGGAUCUAAUUGCAAAGAAGUGUGCCUGUAGAAUAUGGCAACUUACAGGGAUACCAUGCUUACAUGGAGUGGCAGCAAUAUCUUACUUGAAUCAUGAUGCUGAGGCAUAUGUGUCCCAAUCAUACACUACUGAGGCUUAUCUAAAAUGCUACAAAUAUAGCAUUAAUCCUCUCAAUAGUAGUGAAAUGUGGCCAGAUGUUCCAUACCAUAAGCCUUUGCCUCCCAAAAGAAGAAGAUUACCUGGUAGGCCAUCUGUGAAAAGGAAGAAGGAUGCAAUUGAACGAGAGUUGAGUGGAUCAAGUAGACAAACUGUCUCAAGAAGGGGUAGCAUAAUAAAGUGUGGUAUUUGUAAGGAACCAGGUCACAACAAGAAAAAGUGUCCAUCUAACCAACAAAGCAAUACAUCAGUACCAAGUUCAUCCAGGGGCAGUGGAGCAGACCCAAGUUUAUCCAGGGGCAAUGAAGGACCACCACCUCCUCCACCACCACCUGCAGCCCAACAACCUCCUCCACCACCACCUGCAGCCCCCAUGCCAAGAAGAAGGGUCCCAGUUAGUAGAAGUGGAAGGAGGAAAUAUUCUGAACGAAUUAUCAAACAAGCAUUAAGGAGGCAGAUACCUGGGGUUGGGAGUAAUGCAGAUAACCCUUCAGUUAUUGAUUAAUUUAGUGGGUGUGUAGUGGGUGUAAGGCAGUUGUGAUGUAAAGACAAAGUAGUAGUCUUUUUAUUAUGCUUUUCUAUGGUACUAUCAAGUAGGUGUAUGGGCACAUGGUGGCCCUUCUUUUGUCUAUGCAGGAAUCUUUUGUGUUACCUAGAAACUACUUUUGUGUAUGCAGACAAAAACUUAUAUAACUGUAGAAUAUUAAUGGCGUAUUACAAUGAAUCCAACCACCACAUUCACUUA